AUGGCUGCCAACACCAAGAUAGCCUUCUCGUUCGGAGGGGUUAAGCUCCCAGCGACUGGCUCAGCCCCAGCGACAUCCCCGAAAUCCAACUUGGAAGCGCUCAUGGCCCAGUCCAAAGCCAAAUCUAAACCCACCUCCAAACCCCUGCUCUUCGACGAGGAUGAGGAUGACACCCCCGCCCCCGCUCCUUCUCUCGCUGGUCCCUCACGUUCCCGUCCUUCUGCCAAGCCAGCGGUGUCCGGAUCCGGAGCAGCCCCUCUCCCCCGCGCGAGCCGGAAAGCGCAGGAAGAGGCCCUCGCGCUCGACGCCUCCGUCUUUGACUAUGACGGGGUCUAUGACCAGCUCAAGUCGCGAGAACGGCAGGCGGAGGCGGCCAAGAAGGCGGAGAGUGAGGAUCGGAAGCCAAAGUACAUGGAGGGGUUUCUGGCGAGUGCGCAGACGAGAAAGUUGGAUCGAUUGAGGGCGGAAGAGAAGAUGUUGGCGCAUGAGCGGGAGAAGGAGGGUGGGAUGUAUGAGGAUAAGGAGAAGUUCGUGACGGAAGGGUAUAAGAAGCAGAUGGAGGAGGUGAGGAAGGCGGAAGAGGAGGAGAGGGAGCGGGAAGAGAAGCUGCGGAGAUCAGCCAAAGGCCCCGGUCUCACCGCCUUCUACAAGACCAUGCUCGACUCCUCAGCAGCGGCUCAUGACGCCGUCACCGAAGCCCCAGCAGCGGCCGGUCCAUCACUUGCAAUCCGACCACCUAUUGCACCGGGAUACGAGCCUGAAGCGGAAUACGACCCCUUCCUCGCUCGCGAAGCAGCCGCUUCUUCCUCCUCUUCCUCGGCUCCUCCUCCAGCUAAAAAGACGGCAACGGCCCCAGACGGCUCGUCUGUAGAUAUCAACGACGAAGGCGAGGUCGUCGAUAAGCGAGACCUCCUCCGUGCCGGGCUAAACAUCACCAAGAAGCCCAAGGCGGAACUGCCCGACUCGCUUCGGUCAGGCGGGCGAGGUACCGGCGCCGGACUGGAAGGAGGCGUGUAUCAGUCCAAGGCGGUCGGGACGGCAGCUGGUUAUCAGGACCGGAUGCGUAGGGAGAGGGAGAGACUGGCGGCUCAGCUUAAAGAGGAGAAUGAGCGCAAGAAGGCGGAUGCGGAGAGGCGGCUGAGGGAGGAGGAGGAGGCUGCUAGGAGGAGGAGGGAGGGUGAUGAUGGAGAAGCGGAAAAGAGGCGGGCGGAGGCGAAAGCGAGAUAUGAGGAGAGGAAGAGGAAGAUGGCGGAGGGGGGGAAGGGGAAGAAGGGGAAAGAUGGGGAAGAGGAGAGUGCGAAGAAGGUGAAGGCAUGA